AUAGAUGAAUUAAUAGUCUGAGUGCGGUUUGAAUAACCUUUCUUCAUGUUCGGUUACACACUGGUAUAAUUCACAAAAAUAAGCCUAGUUUGAAAAAUGUUGCAGAGAUGAUAUUUGAGAAGGAAAAGAGAAAAUUUCGUCCGUAGCCUCGUCCGCCGGGUCGACCAGGAUCGGUGGAAGGAUUCAGACACAAAGAUACGAAAGAACUACACAAGGAACACAAAGAGGUCCCUGCCUGAGGAUUGAAUGACAAAUUAAAUCCGUCGCAUUCGACAAAGGGAAGAGAAAUGUAAACUCUCGGAGGACUGGACAGGCCAACCAUCGUGGUUUAACUAUGAAAACUUAGCAUGCCUCACGAUGCAAUAUCAUCAAAAAUCAGCGUUGAUUCCAAAGAAUCAGAGGAAUUAAAGUAUGGCGUUCGAGUGUGGAAACACUUGCUUGCAGGUAGCACAGCGGCCAUUGCUUCCAGAACGGUUACAGCUCCAUUGGAUCGUUUAAAAACUAUUGCACAGGCGAGCAGUUCAAAAGUGACUAUUUAUAAUGGGUUGAGGACGAUGAUAAAAGAAGGAGGCAUUUCCAGCAUGUGGCGGGGUAACGGUAUAAACCUUGUUAAAGCGAUGCCAGAAGUCACCAUUAGGUUCGUCACUUUCAACGAGUUAAAGCACGUAUUAGUCAAGGACCGUACUCAUGAAUUGACGACAGCAGAAAGGAUGAUAGCUGGUGGGGUCUCUGGUUUAAUUGCUCAUUCAAUUGUCCACCCUAUCGAAGUAGUAAAAACCCGAUUCAUACUGCAUAAUGCUGGAAAACAAAAUAACUUUACUAAUACUCUGAUAAAAGGCUACAAGACUGAAGGGUAUCGCUUUCUCUUCAGGGGCUACGUUACCUCAAUAUUUGGAAUUUUGAUUUUUAGUUCAAUCGAUUUCAGCACAUAUGAGAGCCUGAAGAAAAUGUAUAAGAAAAGAUACGGCCCAUCUGCUUUCGGUCAAGAGGUGGUAUUCUGCAGCAUGGUGUCUUCGGUGGUGGCCCAGUCGUUUGCGUAUCCUUUCGCUGUUAUAGGCGUUCAUUUACAGACUGUAGGUAGGCCUGCCAAAUGGAGAGACAUUAGAAAAUUUGUCUUCUCGCGAGGCGCCGAAGGUUUGUACAGGGGAUUCGGCAUAGCUCUUUUACGUGGUGUACCAACCUUCGCCACGGCGUAUUUCUCAUAUGAACUAAUUCUCUCCAUGUUAAAUGAACAAAUGAUCUGACACUCUUCCAUCAAGUGUUUUGUUUUUGUGAAUUAAUAAUAAUAUUGUUUAUUAGCGAUUAA